CAAAAGCACAGGACCUGGAUAUCUGCCUAAUCUCUGGCUUGUCUCCGUCCGGCACUGGCAGCUGCCCGAAUCGCUUCGCCUGGCUCGGUAGGUCCAAUUGCCGUAACGACGUUGCAAAACGUCCUAAAUUGGACUAAUAAGAGACAAGUGCAGCCAGCCACUGCACGUGUGCCCGUGACGCACGUGUCGUGCGUCGCGCCCGGGACGCCUCCGCCUUUCUGGUGAACCCGCUGGCGUGGCGGCGGACGGGUGCCACCACAAGCCCGGCACCAUGAGGUGGCUCCCCGCCGCGGCGCUCGCCGCCGCGGCGACGGCGCUGCGGGCGCCGUCCACGCCCAGACGACUGACCCCCCUGCGGCUGUCGCCGGCCGAGAUCAUGUACGAGGCGCAGCGCGACGCCAUGGCCGCGAGCGCGGAACAGGAGGGCGCGCUCUUCGUGGGCCACACGUCGCCCCUCCGGACCAAGAAGCUCUCGUACAGUAAGAAGACGAAGCGGAGGGGCAAGAAGGCGAGCGGCUUCAGCGCGCCGGUCGCGGCCGAGUCGCAGGCCGAGAAGGACGCGGCCGCGCGCUGGCGCAGCCUGAAAAGGGACGGCAUACUGAAAAUAGAGGGCGCCUGCGCGCCGGCGACCGCGUCGUUGCUGCGCGAGUAUGUUGUGGAGGGCGUCGACAAGGCGCGGCGGGCGGUCCUCGAAGCGAGCGACCCCGCCGACGAGUCGAUGAAGCGCUUCCACGCGACGACCGAGCAGCCCUCGCGCUCCUUCUUCAAGCCCCGGCUCGACGACCCCCAGAUCCACGCGGGGCUCGGCGAGCUCUUGGGCGCGGAGUCCAAGCUCGGCGACUUGUUCGCGUUGGCGUGCGGCGGCGACGACGCGGUCUUCUACGAUUACAACGCCCUGCGCACGGAGCCGGGCUGCGCGCGGCAGCCCGUGCUUUGGCGGCGUCCGGUCUUCGACAUUACGAUGGCGUCGCGGCGAUGGCGUGCAGAUCUGGCCUCCACACCGCCGCCGCCCCCGCACGCCAUCGCCGCGAUUCGCGACGCGCAGGUCCACUUCGACACGCCCUUCCAAGAAACCCCACCCCUCUUCACGGCCUUCGUGGCCUUGCAAACGGUCACGGCGGCCAUGGGCGCGACGCUCUUCCUCCCGGGCACGCACCUCCAGUGCCCCUCGCGGUGCGAAUUCGACGCGAGCCGCGCGGGCACGGAGCGGCGCGACGCGAUGCUGCGCGCGGCCGACGCGCGCUACGCGCUGCUCGAGCCCGGCGACGUCACGAUCUUCGACAUGCGCCUGCUGCACUGCGGCACGAAGAACCUCGUCGCAGACGCGGGCGGGAGGACGCGCUACUUCCUCAACUUCACGUUCUGCAACCCGCGCGCGGACCAGUCGGACCUGGGCCACGUGCCCUGCAUCCGCCCGGGCUACGAGCGGCGGAUGACGCUCCGCGACGCGCGCGCGGAGCUCCUGUGCGCGAGCCCCUUCGCGGCGCUCGGGGACGGGCUCUGACGUCCAUCGAUAUCGCCGUUAUCGCACCGACCGUUACGUCUCGCAUAUCCUGAGUCGACCGUCGCCUACGUCUCGCAACACGAUCGUAAACAUAUCCAAGCUA